UCAAUAUGGAAAAUGAAGAGAAGAAAGCUGGUAAGAGUAUUAAAAACCUGGAGGCCAUCGUCAAAUUAUCAGACAAGAAUUCAAUGCCUUCCUUCGUGAUGUAAGCAAAGAUAUGACUCCUGGGACGUUAGAGGAAAUGAAAACACUUUUAAAAGAUCGAAUUGAAGGGUUGGAGGAUGAUCUUGGAGAUAUAUCUACUGCCUUCGGACUAUUGGAGUAUAUGGAUAGAAAGUUAUCCCUUUACAAUAAUCUGGCCAUACUUCAAGCAUAUUCCCUAGCAAUCGCUCCUCCUGAUGAAACACUGUAUGAGAAAUGCUUGAAUUAUGGAAAGAAAGCAAGGGAUAUCUUUUAUUUCCAGAAAUGUACAAAGAAUUUGAAGGGUUUUCAAAAAGUUGAAUACCACAUCCAAUGUGAAAAUAUUAACGCCUAUAAUAAAGGCGAUCUAGACAUCCUUCGCAAAUCUUUAGCGAAGGUUCUUGGAGUAAAGCCAGAUGACAUGCUACUUGUUGGGAUACGUAAAGGAAGCAUUAUACUAACUUUCAUGAUUCGGAGUGCUUUCAUUCCGAACUUGAGAACAAUACUUUUGGACAGGAAGUCACUGAAGAACAUCACGUACCGAGUGAUGCUAUUCAGACGACUGACUCACAGAGUAUUCAAAGUGACCAUUAACGGAGAAGUCGUGUAUGAGCCGGGUAAUAUUGUAGGGAAGAGAACAGAAGAAGUUACAGUUCCAACAGUAAUAAAGGAAGCUCAUUUGAAGAGAGCAGAGGUUGAAAAGUACCAACAAGUUACAGAUGAAAAAGGCGAUACUGAGACGGAAAUAGAAAUCCUUAAAAACGAUGAUGAGGAUGGUGUUAUUGUUGAAUUUCUGGAUAAAUUAGGAGGCUCAGUCACGGACGAUAUCCUUACUUCAAUGAAAAUGGCCUUGAAAGAUUUCAUCGAUGAAAAUACAUUGAGAAAUUUGGACACAUCAAGCCUUUUCCGACAUCUUCAAGCUAAUUUCAAGAUUGAAUAUAACUUGUAUUUUCUGCAAUGGAUAUUUGAGAAAUGUUCUGCACAUCAGCUUAGUGAAGAAUGCUUCGAAUUUGCGUCAAAGCAUCGAUUUCCAUUGCUGUAUUUCCAAUCAAAACCUCUAUCAGGAAAAUCAACGGAGGAACAGUGCAUAAAGUUUUAUAUUGAAAAUGAUUUAGAGAAAUGCCAGGAUGAAGUAUAUGAUCUCCGAGAGUGGAUUGCCAAGUACCUUGAAAUAGAUAUUGGCCAAAUUAUGAUCGCUGGAUUAGAGAAGGGGUCUGUAACCGUGAUUUUCAGAGUGUUGCCAGGAAACCCUGCGACAGAUCUAAUGGCACUGGCAAGCACAGAUGAAUUUCAAGCAGGUGUAUCACGCAAAGGUGUGAAGAAAAUUUUCGUCGGUAGUGAGAAAUGUAUCACAGUUGGGAGAGCACAAACAUUUGUUCACAUUCAUUGCUCGGGUCUGCACGAGGGAAAUACAGUAGAGAAUGUCAAGAAGAUGGUGUCGACUGUGCGUCAAAAGGCAAGGGAGUUGGUCAUAGAUGGAUCAAAGGUGUUUUUACGGAUGAAGGAUAAGCAGAAAAGAAAAGAAAUCGGAAAAAAGAGGACAAACACUAAGGAGGGACAGCGUUUACUGGAGGAACUUGAACCGACACAAUUUCUAAGGAACAGAGAAGUGCAGAAAGUAAUAGAAGGGCAAGGAAUCAAUACAACGUUGGUUCAAAGUCGAGAAGAAAAAUGUAACAUCGUAAUAGAUGUGGUCGAUCAGUUACCUGACGCGACAAGAGAUGUUAUAUUGAAUUCUGUGGGUGAACAAGAGGAAAGUUGUGACGAAACAAAUCACACCAAGACAUGUUCAAAUAAAAAUCCAGUGACACUUCCGGAUUUUGAUACGUUAUCUGAGGAGAUCGAUUCAUCUAUAAUCGACGAAACAUUUGAAAAGAUCCACAAUGUGCCCAGUCACAUUAAGCAGAAAUGCAGCAGUGCAUCAGGGAGGAAUCGGAAAGAAAGGGCAAACACUUUCCUGAAUUAUAUCCAAGAGAACGCGAAUCAUCGACAGCUAUUUAUGAUGGUUUGGCAAAAGUAUGUGGAAUGAAAAAUUCGAUGUAACAAUAUAUAUGUGUAUACUUUAAAGAGUGACAGAAUUACUUCUUUUUUCAUUAACCAUUGCAUCCAAACUUUAAUGUUUUCAUUUUACACAAGACAAUCAUUUUGAACAUUGUUAUUUGUACAUUAUCCCGAUAAUUUAUAGUGUAUAUAAUGUGUGUGGGAUGGGGGUUUUAUUUACAAAAGAUCGCAUGCGGAAAUCAUUAUCAUAAGUAAUUUAUACAUCCAAACAAAAUAAAGCAAAAACAAAACAACAGCAACUUUAAUUUCUGCAAAGAAAUAUAUUUUCUGAAUUUUCAUUCAGUUGUUUUUCAUCAAUAAUUAAGGUCAUAGAUUAUCCAAGAUUUUAGUCGCAUCAAAUGAAGUGAAAUUUUUGCCGUGUUUACUUGCGAUUUUUUAUUUUUUGUUCAAACAAGAAUGUAAAUCGGUCAUUAAUACAUGAAAUGUAUGAAACGGGGUUAAUAUGGUUUUUAGCAAUAUUAAAACAGUGGAAAUAGUUUUACAAAAUUGUAUAUCAAAUAUUUUGGGGUGGAUCUUUUGUUCUAAAGUGUUGUUGAUACAUAUACUUGUGUAUAUUGUACAUGUGCAUGUAUAUACAUAUUAAACCAUUGUGAACGAAAUGUUACAUAUAUUUGUGAUAUUGAUACUUUAUUUUAUAUGAACAUUUUUAUUAGUAAAUCAGAUAAAACUCUCCAUUUGCAGCUGGUUUUUGAUAAACAGAUUCUUAAAAAAACUCAUAUCACAUGUCUGUACAUAUUUCUAUUGACAUAAUUUAUGUGUUUGAUUAUUGAAUAUUUUAGCAAUAUUGCCAAGAUUUAUAGAUCAUACCUAAUAAGGGAAGUCUUCUAUUUAUGAUCUAUAAAGAUUAUACACAUACAUUUAUAUUGCAGAUAUAGCUUGAUUGAAUAUAUGGUAUAUGCCCAACUCGUAAUUUUGUAUUCCUUAUCGGAGUUAUGAGAUUGAUCACUGUUCGUUUUCUCCACCUUUCAUUGAAUGUAUAAUCAUAUUGACUGUAGAUAAUGUAUAUUUAAUUCAUUUUACUUUGAAAUUCUGCAUAAUAAUUACGUGUGCCAAAUACUGUAAAUACAUGGAAUACUAUUAAAUUCUUGAAGUUUAUGUACGCAUUGAUGAACAUAUUUCUAACAUCUAAUUUUGGUACUGCACAUAUGCAAUGAAAGAUGCUAUGUAUCAUGUUUCUGAUUGAUAAAAAAGUGAACAUUUA